UACAAGUGCAAGUCAUUCUAAGCAAAAGCUGCAUUUCUCUUUUGCUGAGAAGUAUUCAAAAAAUAAGAUGAAGAUGAAGGUGACUGUGGUGUUGUUGCUUCUUCUGGUUCUGGCCUCAGCCACUGACUGUAAGGUGUUUGUCUUCCCUGAAGAGUCAAGCUCUGCCUAUGUGCAACUCACACCAAUGAAACCUCUGAAUAUGCAGGCCUUCACACUCUGUAUGCGCGUUGCUACUCAAAUCUGGUACGAGCGAGAGAUCAUCCUGUUCGCUUAUCGCACUCAAGAGGCUGACGAGCUCAAUGUGUGGAGAGAAAGUAAUGGAAGACUUUCUCUAUACUUGAGAAGCAGUAAAGAUGCUGCAUUCUUUACUCUCCCGAUGCUGUCAGCUUUACCCACUCAUCUGUGUGUCACCUGGGAUUCGAGCACUGGAAACACCGCAUUUUGGGUGGACGGACGCCGCAGCAUGCUGACCAUCUACAGGCGUGGCCAUAAUGUACAUCCAAAUGGAGCUAUAAUUAUCGGACAGGAUCCUGAUUCAUUUUUGGGUAAUUUUGAUGAAAAACAGAGCUUUGUGGGUGAAAUUACAGAUGUACACAUGUUUGAUAGUGUUCUGAGUGAAUGUCAGAUUGAGCAGCUGUAUGAGAAAAAAUACAAUGCUCCGAGUGGGAACGUGCUCAACUGGGAUUUUCUCGAGUACAAAAUCCAUGGGAAUGUUGUUGAGAAGUACAUGUCUGAAGAAUACUGUUAAAAAGUCUCUGACACCUGCUUCUGAAUUUCUCUCCUUUGAUUUCCAUGUCUAAUAGACUAUCUAAUGUGACUAUCAUUCCUGAUGAAUCAGUGUCUGUGAUUAAGAUAUAAAAUGUAUUCUUAGAGAAAUCCUCUGUUUCUGAAACAAAAAUGUAUAUUAGCUCAAUCUUAGAUUUCACCUGAUUACUGAUUUAUCCUCUCUUCCAUUUUCUUCUUACUGUGUAACUUUAAAACUCUGCAGCACAAAAACUGUUUUGUUGGAGGCGUUCUUUGAAUAAAUCUGACAAAAUAUUUUGGACUGAUUUAUUUGUAAUUAUUAGAAAUCUUUUUUAGAAAAAAAAAAAAGAUUAUUAGAAAUCUUUUUUCUUCCAUUUAAAAAAAAGUUGUUUUUUUUCUGUCUCUGUUUCCAUGGGAACCGGGUUUAUCGUUAAUCAAUCAAAGCUUCUGAUCCAUGAACACUUAAUCAACAGGAACAUAUUGAGCAGUUGAUGUGUUGUACUGCUCUGUGUGUGUGUGUGUGUGAGUGUGUGUGUGUGUGUGUGUGUGUGUGUGUGUGUGUGUGUGUGUGUGUGUGAUGCUGGGUUUAAUGUGAGGAGUUGAUGUUAUUAGAUGUGAUUAGUGUAAACCUGUAGAUCAGGUAUGUUCUGGAUCUCUGGUGAAUUUCUGAAAGCUGGAAACUGAUUAAAGAGUGUAAAUGUUUAAUAAAGACACGGCUGAACUCAAAUCAUCUAGCUUUUAAGUUUUAACAGACUAGAAUUAAUAAUCACAGACUAUACACUAAUCUCUCACACACACACACACACACACACACACACACACACACACACUAUUAUAACACUAUCUCUACAUUUUUUCCUUCUUUGUUCUUUAUUUCUUAGUUUAUUGGUUUCUUUUUAUUCUUUCACACUUCUUCCAUCGUUCCCUUUUCUUUCUUUCUUUUUUGUGUUUCACUUAACCAGAGACACCCUUUACCCAUGAUGCCUUGCACAGUCGAGUGAAAGUCACGCCAUCAGUCAUUAAUAAAGUUUAUUCGACUGGUUCCACUGUAAAGUGUAAACCUCAAGGGACUGUAGUGCAAGUAGUUUUUAAACUUAUUUAACAUUCUAAUCAAUUAUCACCAAUGAACAGUGUGUGUUUUCCUCAUCAGAAAUCACACUAGUGCGCAGAAUUACAAACUGACUGCUGUAGAGUUUUAAAUCUGAGAUGUUUUAUUAUUUUAUUCUUCUUUAAGUUUGUUAUAAAAAUGUAAAAGAAGGGAAAGCAUUAGCAGCAGUGGAACAGUGUUAGUGUGUGUUAUCAGGAACUCGUGUAUCUGUGGGGAACGAUGUCAUGGAGUGAUGUCACGGAAUGAUGCUUUUUGAUGCCAUGGAGAUGUUCUGAUUCUGAUUCUAUACCAAAACAUGUUUCUCUCUCUCUCUCUCUCUCUCUCUCUCACACACACACACACACACACACACACACACACACACACACUACUGCGAGUUUAUAAGUUUGCAUAAAUGAAAGAAGAUAAAAGGACGAUCAGUAAUUUAUCAUUUUAAUUGAUCAGAGAUGGAGGCUCUGGAGAAGGAAAGAGAUGAAAUGAGGGGAACAUUUCAGGCUGAUAAGGACAGCUUGGUGCUCCAGCUUGAGGAAGAGAGAAGAAACAUGGAGAAGGAGAAAGAGAGAUUCGAGCUCCUGCUGAGAGACAGCGACGCCAGAGAAGCUCAGAUGAGAGAAGAGAUGGAGGCUCUGGUGAAGGAAAGGGAUGAAAUGAUGAGAACAUUUCAGGCUGAUAAGGACAGCUUGGUGCUCCAGCUUGAGGAAGAGAGAAGAAACAUGGAGAAGGAGAAAGAGCGAUGGGACAAAAUGGAGAGCAGGCAGCAGAUAGUUAAAGGUGGCUGGAAAAAACAUUGUGAUGUAUUGGUGCAAAUGAUUGUUGAAAAGGAAGAAAUGCUGGAGGAGAUAACAGUAGAGGUGGAAGCCCUGAAAGGAACCGUGAGAGAACUUAAGCAAAAAGCAAGGGAUAUGGAUCCUGAGAUGAUGGAGGAGCUCAAGGAAGUUGAUAAAAGGCUGAAGAACUUUGGUCCAAAGUUUACUUCGCAAAGAGCUGGCAGGACAACGCCUCUAUAUAAAGAGGGGUGUGUGUGUGUAAUUGGGAUCAGGUUGCCUGAUCAGAAGUCCGAUGAUUGCGAAUGAGGUAGUGUACCUUGGCUUGGGCACAGGCAGUACAGGAAGAUACGCCUCGGUGCAUGUCGGAAAACAUGUCCAGCCACCAUCUGUUUUUUUUGUUGUCAUUUAAAUCUUAUGUACACAUCGCCUGUCAUUUUUUGUUUGUCGUUUAAAACGUAUCUCCAUGUCAUCUGUUGGUCUACACUUCGAUCAUGAGUGAAUUUAAUAUCUGAUUGCUCACUCUCAAGCAAUCCCCUUUCUUCUGGAAACUUCAAUCUUACUUAAAGUAAAAUUCCAUGAUGGCAUUUUACCUACAGCUUCCAGAAGAAAGGGGAUUAGUGGAGUGAGCAAUCAGGAGUAGGAGCACGUCUCUUAUCCUCCACAAAUUUUUCAAAAGAUUAACUUGACCUGGGACUGAAGUGUACACCCUGGUAUGAGUGGGUAAAGGAACAGUGUGGGUCUCAGUGCUCGCAGAGCUGAAGUGCUCUCAUAUGUGACCGACAGUCAGUCAGUGUCUGUCUCUCUCUGUCUGUCUGUGUGUGACCUCAUGGUCUCUCCUGAUGACCAUGCUUGCUGCUCAGUGUAGUGUUUUAUCAGUUACAGAGGAGGACAUUCACUCAGUGUGGAUUCUUACUGAAAAAUGCAGACCCUUCUGGACAUCUUGAGAGAAAAGUGUAAAAGACUGAAACUGGAAAAGAAAAAGGAAAAGGUUGAGAGGAUGAAACAAGAACUACAAGGAGAGAUAGAGCAACUGCAAGAAGAAAUAGAAGAGAAAGAUGGAGAGAUAGAGCAACUGCAAGAAGAAAUAAAAGAGAAAGAUGGAGAGAUAGAGCAACAGAAAGAGCAAAUACAAAAGAAAGAUGAAGAGAUAGAGAGAAUGAAACAGGAACUAGAGGAGAAGGUUGGGGAGAUAUGUGGUGUAUUUGAUUAUUAAUGUAAUGUGAUGCUAAUUCACAUUCUCACCAGUGCAGAUUUUUAAGAACUCCUGAAGACAACGGGUGUGUACAGUUCUGAUUAGUUAAGAUUAGGGUCAAAAUGAGGAUAAUUUGUUUUUAGAUUGAUUAGUAAAAAUGGGCUAAGUCUCAUUCUCACAGCAGGUUGUGUGUGCGAGAGAGAAUCCAUACUGCACAUGUACUACUUCCAUUCUGUCUACAGGAGAAUAAAUAAAUCCCCAGUAAUUUGGGAA